GAGAACAUGGCAUUAUUUGUUUUGUCAAGCAUGCUGAUUUUAUUGUUGAAUAAUUCUGGUGCUGAUCGACGCAUAGCGCUCAGCUUGAUAUGCUCCGGCGACAAUUGCCAGUUUUCUGGGAAGAGAUUGGUGUUUAAGUGUAGCGUGGCGGCAUUUUUCUUAUCCAUGUUUAGCAACAGGCUCAUCAUAUCAUCCACCAUCAUGCAGUAUAUCACCCCAGCGCUAACGGAAUUGCAGGCGUCGACAGCAAGCAGUCGAGCCACUGAACCUGAUUACAACGAAAUGCGGUACAUCAUCAACAACGCUAUACAAACCGCAUCAUCCAUUGGCAGUAUAGCUAUAAUGCACUCCGCGUAUGCUUCACUGUGUUUCCGAACGAUAUUUUGCGAGAGCGCACCAAGAGGUCAAGAAUAUCCUGACAUAUUCAACUACUUCCAAUAUUCUGCCUUCGCGUUUCCAGUCGCCUUUAUUAUGUUCGUUCUAAACUUUGCCUACCACAUGAUACUUAUUAAUAAAUGUGUCUGCAAAGCGAUGAGUGCGAACAGCAUGACGGAAUUGAGGAAUAGCUUGAUGAAGAACAAAACCGCACUGCCGCGUCGCGUCUCGCUGCACGAAAAGCUUACGGUGUUCUUCAUGAUAUUCGCCCUCGUUAUAUUCUUUCUCCGCUGGAGUACUUUCUUGAACAUGGGAUGGGCUGACUUUGCCAGAGAUGAAUCUUCGCCCCAAAUACCGAGGGUAAAAGAUGCCACGGUGGCUGCCAUAUUUGUGAUUGCGCUUCAUAUACUGCCCAAAGGGUACGCGUGGCUGAAUUACUUUAGCGCUGAAAAAAAAAGUGAAUUGCCGCCACUAAGACCGGAAUCUGCAAUACUUUGGUGGCGUUUCGUCGAUAAGAAUUUGAAUUAUGGAUACAUAUUUCUUAUUGGCUCCGGCGUAGCCUUACAAGUUGCCAUUAAACACACCGGCCUGGACGACGACAUAGUGGCCCACUUCGGCAAGGUGUUCACGGACCACGAGUUCAGCACGUCGCUGUUCCUCGUCUGCCUCGUGGCUGUCAUCAUGUCGAACGCGAUGAGCGGUGUUGCUGCCUGCGUGUCCUUCCUGCCGUUGAUCUUGAGUAUGGCCGCGGAACCGCCACCAGACGCCGUGACCUUCCGAAGCAUUCGCGACUGGCCAGUGAAGAUGUACCUGGGUGCGCUCGGCGUUGGGUUGGCCAGCUCGUUUGGCUUCAUGUUUCCGUUCCUGUACACGCCGGCUUAUUACUGUCACUACACUGGAAAAGUGCCCAUGAAGAAGAUGGCAAAGUACUCAAUAGGCAGCGUUAUAAUUUGCCUGAUCAUACUAUGGCUGGCGUUGAUGUACUACGCGCCUGUGAUCUGGGACCCUGAGGGUACGGGAAUCAAGCCAGUCGCAGCCCCUGGUAAAGCUGCGGGCAAUAGUACCAACUCUUCGAUGAUACUAUAGACGUCGGAUUUAUUUCUUUUAAAGUUACGUACAUUAAGCUUGGAAGAUAAAGAAAACACAGUUUUAAGUUUUAUUUAAGCUAUUUAUUCUAUAAUUUGUUUUAUUGGUUGCAUUAUUGGAGUUAAAUAUAGUAGCUAAUGUAUGCUAGUUUUAAAUAAAUAUAGUUGAUGA